ACCGACCCCCAACAACAUACACAAUGACCUAUCCAUACCCAUACCCCUCCACCCCCACCCCCUCGGGAGUCACCUCAUCACCAACCUUCACCACCCCGCUCACCCAAAACACCGCCCCAGUCAUCAAACACCGCUGCCUCUUCACGCACGACACGCGCCGCAAGGCCAAGCGCUGGCAGGACGGCUACCUGCGCUACCACACCUUCAACAAACGCGUCAUGGCCUACGACACCAGCGGCAACUUCAUCGGGGAUCUGCACUGGCGCCAGGACGCGGCCGUGCAGGAGGGCGACGAGCUCGAGCUGGAUCGCGGCGUGUUGGUGCAGGUCUGUGAGGCUGUUGGGCGGUCGGAGACGGAUUUGGGGGCCGUUCUUGGGGGGAGUUCUCAUGGGUCUGCGGGCGGGGGAGUCGGGGGGAAUGGGGUCGGGAAGAGGGGGGUUGGUGCUGCUGGUGCUGCUGGGAGUACGCAGGGUUCGUUCGCGGGGUCGCCUUUGAGAAUGUCUGGGUUGGCGGGGUCGCAGCCGCAGCCGCAGCAGUCUCUGCGUUCUUUGAAUGAUCUGCUGGGGAUUAGGAAGACGACACCAGCUCUGGGGGGAACAGGCUUGGGCUCGGGGACGGGGACUUCAGGGUUGGCUGCGACGCGGAUUAUGCAGGGUCCGGAUCGCGGGGGCGAAGAGUUGUCGGCUGUGCGCGCUGCGAAACGGCAGAGGGUUGAUAGUUUGGGUGCGGAUUCGGUGGGAGGAAGAUCAUUUACGCACCAGCACCAGCACCAGCACCAGCACCAGCAGGUCCCUUCUCGUCGUGUACUGCCUCAGCCGGUUCAGCCUCGACCGCGGCCGGCGGUCGUUGACCUGACGGGUUCGUCUACUGUGCCAGUGUCGAAUUCAGCUGCUACCGCUACCGCUACCUACACAAGGCCACAGAGCCACGAUCUUGGACGACAAAGGGCCGACUCGAGGACAAGUGUGCAAGCUGCUAUUGCGAAGAGCAUGUCUCGCGGGGAGGGGAGUACUAUUCCUCCACAGCGACAAGUGUCGCGCAAAGAAAACAGCACUCUACACCGGCAACAGACAUCCCGCAAAGAGAGCAGCAAUCCUCCUCCACAAUCACAAGCAACCCGCAAAGAGAGGGGCAAUUCUCCAGAGCUACCGUCGUCACGCAAAGAAAGCAACUCCACGCCAGAAGAACCACCCGUCCUUCUUCGACUCUCUACCAGCAAACCCCGCAAGAAACUGAUGUACUCAGCCUUACUCCCCGGUGGCGGCGGACAACUCGCCAAACCAGCUUCAUUAGCAUCAGCAUCAGCUCCAGCGCCAGCGCCAGCUCCAGCGCCAGCUCCACCCAGAACCAACAACAAAAACCCUGCACCCCCUGCACCCCCCGCACAACCACCUACAACCACCACUCCCCCCAAACCCCACGACUUCACCCCCUCAACCUCAACCCAAACCAUCCUCAACGACCUAAUCAACGCACCACCACGCAUCCCACCCCUCCCAAGAAAUCACACAGCUCCGAAACCAAACCCAAGACCAAACAUAACGCACACCAGCCUCCGCAAAUCCUACUCCGACCCCACCGCCCUAACCACCGCCCACAGACCCAACACUUCCUUCACCAGCGCAAUCCCGCCAGACCCCGCCGACCCCGCCGACCCCUUCGACCAAGGGCCCUGGACCCGCGAGGCUCUGGAUCUCUUUGAUUUCUGGCCCGCGGGGCGGGCGAAGCCUGUUUAG